AUGAAGGAAACAGACCCUGUUUGGACGGCUACUGCCUGUCCUAGCGAGGCGCAGAGUCAGAUCUUCGAUCGGGAUGUCGUCACUGGUGAGCUCAAGCGGGCGACGUCGGAAGACUUCAAGCGCGCGUUCAAUGCAGCUUCGAGGAUGUCGUUCAAGGAGAAGAAGACGGUGGAGGAGUUCACGUUGGAAGCUGUGAAGGAGAAGCUGCGCAGGGAAUGGCUGCCGGAAUACAAGCCCGAGGAAAUCCGUCCCCCACAGGAGUCGCCGGACACCAUCUCCGAGCGGGCCACCAACGUCACCCUGUCCAUGCUGUUCCAGGACGCGCCGCUGUUCAGGAAGACGAAGGUGAUCUGCACCAUGGGCCCCAAGUGCUGGUCGGAGGAGGGCAUGGGGCGGCUCAUCGACGCCGGCAUGGACGUCAUGAGGAUGAACUUCUCGCACGGCUCGCACGAGGGGCACUACGACGUGCUGAGGCGCUUCCGAAAGGUAUGCGACGAGAAGCGCAGCUACGCUGCCAGUCUCCUGGACACGAAGGGCCCAGAGAUCCGCACCGCCAUGCUGAAGGGUCACGAGCCCAUUCUGCUGAAGGAGGGUCAGGAGGUCAUCGUGGAGUCUGUGGGGGAACGCUACACCGAAUUCGAGGGCUACAGCAAUGAAGAGGAAACACGUAUAGGGCUGUCGUACGGACAGCUGUGCCAGAGCGUUUCCCCAGGCAACAAAAUAUUGAUGGCGGAUGGAACUAUCACCAUGGAGGUUCUGGAGAUUCUGAACGACAAGGAGCUGAAGGGCCGAGUCCUGAACACGAAGAGCCUGGGCGAGCGCAAGAACUGCAACCUUCCAGGCGUCAAGGUCGACAUCCCAGUGCUCACCGCUAAGGACAUCGAGGACCUGCAGCAAUUUGCGUGCCAGCACCACGUGGACUUUGUAGCGGUGUCGUUUGUCCAGAGCGCCGGGGACGUUCAGUUCGUUCGAAAGGUGUUGGACGACGCCGGGGGCCAUAGCAUUAAAAUCAUCUCGAAGAUUGAGAACGAAGCGGGUCUCGAUCAUUUCGACGAGAUUCUGGCAUGCACCGAUGGGGUCAUGGUUGCACGCGGUGACCUUGGCAUGGAGAUUCCAUCAGAAAAGGUCCCGGUGGCCCAGAAGAUGAUUAUCACCAAAUGCAACAUCGCGGGCAAAUUCGCCAUCUGCGCCACCCAGAUGCUGGAGUCCAUGAUCUCCAAUCCCCUGCCCACGCGCGCGGAGAUGACCGACGUCGCGAACGCCGUGUACGACGGCGCCGACGGCGUCAUGCUCUCCGGGGAGACCGCCAACGGCGCUUUUCCCGACAAGGCCGUCGCGACCAUGGCGGCCAUCGUGGCCAAUGCCGAACAGGCGGUCGAUUACUACUCCCAGUACUCGUUCGCUCAGACUCUCAAGGGGGACAUGACGACCCUGGUAUUGAAGUGCAUUAACUAUCUGGAGGCGCAAGGCAUAGACAUGCGCCACUGCAAAGUCAUCGUGGCUCACAACCAGGACGCGGGGAGCGCAGACUCAAUGCCGUCCAUCAAAGUUCUCAGAACCGACGUAGGAUUGAAGAGGACGAUGAGAGGCAGUGCCCCCGUCAUGAGGAGGGGCACGCGAACUUGCCGGUCUACUAAGACCAGCCUGCCCCUCAUCCUGAGCCCCGUGGACAAGCCUCGAUCCACAAAGAUCGUCUGCACCAUGGGCCCCAAGUGCUGGUCGGAGGGCACCAUGGAGGAGCUGCUUGCGGCGGGCAUGGACAUAAUGCGCCUCAACUUCUCCCACGGCACCCACAAGGAUCACCUGGAUGUCUUGAAUCGAUUUCGAAUGGUGUGCGACAGAAAGGCGAAAGACAUGGAAUCUAAGGGCUCGCGUUGCGCCCCGCGUUGGGCAGCACUCCUGGACACCAAGGGACCAGAGAUCCGCACCGCCAUGCUGAAGCACCACCAGGCCAUCGACCUGGAAGCGGGGGACACCGUCGUGGUGGAGGCCGUCGGGGACAAGUACACCUCCUUCGAAGGGUACAAAACGGACAAGGAGACGAGAAUAGGGCUGUCCUAUGCGGCCCUGUGCCAAAGCGUGACGGAAGGUGACUCGAUACUCCUCGCGGAUGGCACCAUUUCCAUAAAAGUGAAGCAAGUCCUGAACGACCGCGAGGUGCUGGGCACCGUCAUGAACACAAAAUCCUUGGGGGAGAGGAAAAACUGCAACCUGCCCGGCAUCAAAGUGCAGCUGCCCGUCCUGACGGGAAAGGAUGAGGAGGACUUGAGGAAUUUCGCCUGCAAGCACAGAAUGGACUUUGUUGCCGCGUCCUUUGUCCAGACAGCCGCCGACGUGAAAGCAAUAAGGAAGGUGCUGGACGGCGCGGGUGGAGAAGACAUUAAGAUCAUUUCAAAGAUAGAAAAUUGGGAGGGACUCAAAAACUUCGACGACAUCCUGAAAGAGACGGAUGGCGUGAUGGUGGCAAGAGGGGAUUUGGGCAUGGAAAUACCAGCUGAAAAGGUCCCUCUGGCCCAGAAGAUGAUCAUAACCAAGUGCAACAUCGCGGGCAAGCCAGUCAUCACCGCCACCCAGAUGCUGGAGUCCAUGAUCAACAACCCCCGUCCCACGCGCGCCGAAAUGACAGACGUCGCGAACGCCAUCCUGGACGGCACCGACGGCGUCAUGCUGUCGGGUGAGACUGCCAACGGCAGCUUCCCGCGGGCCGCCAUCUCCACGAUGGCGGCCAUCUGCUGCAACGCGGAGCAGAUGGCCGACGAAAGUGCCCGGUUCAGCUUUCUCAGGAACUCCACCCCAAAGCCCCUGUCUGACUCCGAGGCGGUGGCGUCCGGAGCCGUGAUGGUUUCUAUGGACAUCGCCGCCAAGGCCAUAGUGGUGCUGACGACCUCGGGGCGCGGGGCCAAGCUGGUGUCCAAGUACAGGCCGCGGGUCCCCGUGGUGGUGGCGAGCCCCAACGAGCGGGUGGUGGGCCAGUGCCGGUCGUACUACGGGCAGUUCGGCCUGCUGAUGCAGCACGACUCCAUGGAGCUGGGCGCUGUGGUGGAGGCGGUGUCCGCCUAUGUGCAAGCUUUGGGCAUUACCACCAUUCAGCCCACCGAUCAGCUCGUGGUCGUUGGGCGGCGGCUUGGCGCGUCUAUCGACGAACAGCGGCUGACGAUGAGAACCAUAGUCGUGGGCGAUCCGGGUGGUGCUGUGGAUGUGCCGUACACAGCUUACCCCGGUACAAGAACUCUCUUCCACAGGUCGACGAAAGUUGGCUUGGAUACCCUCCUGGACGAAGAGAAGUACAAAUACGUCAUACGCAAAACGAAGAUUGUCUGCACGAUGGGGCCCAGCUGCUGGUCGGAGGAUCAAUUGGAGAGUCUCCUGAAAGCGGGCAUGAACGUCGCUCGCUUCAACUUCUCGCAUGGAUCGCACGAGGCCCAUUUGGAAGUCCUCGAGCGAUACCGGAAGGUGUGCAAGGCCCAAUGUAGCACAGCUGCCUCCUUACUGGACACGAAAGGUCCCGAGAUCCGCACGGCCAUGCUCGUGGAACACAAGCCCAUACAAUUGGAGGCGGGGCAGGAUAUCAUAAUCGAGGCCGGUCACAAGACAGAGGAGGAAACUAGGAUUGGGUUGUCGUAUGCUAAGCUCUGCUCAUCGGUGGUCCCGGGAAACAAGAUCCUCCUGGCCGACGGCACCGUCUCCAUCGAGGUUCUUGAGAUCCUAAACGACACUGAGCUCAGGGGACGCGUUGCCAACACCAAGGCCCUUGGGGAGCGCAAAAACUGCAACCUGCCAGGGGUCAAGGUGGAUAUACCGGUGCUGACGGAGAAAGACAUCGGAGACCUGAGGGACUUUUGCUGCAAGCACGAGAUGGAUUUCGUGGCGGCAUCGUUCGUGCAGAGCAAGGCGGAUGUGGAACUCAUAAGAGGCGUGCUGGACGAGGCGGGGGGACACAAGGUGAAAAUCAUAUCCAAAAUCGAGAACGCCGAGGGCCUGAGGAACUUCGACGAGAUCCUCGAGGCGACGGACGGCGUCAUGGUGGCCCGCGGCGACCUGGGCAUGGAGAUCCCCGUGGAGAAGGUCCCCCUGGCCCAGAAGGUGAUGGCGACCAAGGCCAACAUCGCCGGGAAAUUCUGCAUCUGUGCCACCCAGAUGCUGGAGUCCAUGGUCUCCAGCCCCUUCCCCACGCGCGCUGAAAUGACGGACGUGGCCAACGCCGUCUUCGAUGGCGUCGACGCCGUCAUGCUGUCGGGGGAGACGGCCAACGGGGCGAACCCCGGCGUGGCGGUGUCCACAAUGGCCAAGAUUUGCCGCAGCGCGGAGCUGGGCGUGAACUACUACCAAGUGUUCGACUUCGUUCGGGAGUUCACGCCCAAGCCCGUGGGGACCGUGGAGGCCGUGGCCAGCACGCUGGCGAAGAACGCCGUGGACGUGAGGCCGGGCAUGGUAGUGGCAUUUUCGGAGGAGGGGAAGACCGCAAGGCUGAUCGCCAAAUACAGGCCCUGCUGCCCAGUCUUGGUAGUCACCUCCAAUCCCACCCUGUCCAGGCAAGCAUCCGUCCUCUUCUCCGCCCACGUCAUGCUGCUGGACAAGAAAAUCAGCGGGCCGCUGCAGGCCUGCGUGACCAAGGCGCUGCAGCACGGCGUGGACACGGGGAUAUGCACGCCGGGAAAGGAGGUCCUGGUGCUGACAAGCACCGCGGUUACCUCAGUAAUGGCAGGAGGUAUCGGUGAUGGCGCAAAACAGCUUCCGGAACGCGAGUCCUACGCCACCCUGGCUCCCGGGACGGUGGACUACCAGAAACUCGGUUUCAUGGCACCCUUCGUGGGCCACAGGGACCCGACGCUCACCGCCAAGACGGUGUGCCUGCGGUCCACGGUCAUCGAUCUGCCCAUGCUCACCGGCAGCACCUCCACCAUCCGGAAGACUAAAAUCGUUGCGACGCUGGGGCCCAAAUGCUGUGGCGAGGACACCAUGGCGGCCAUGCUGGACGCGGGGCUGAAUGCCAUCCGCGUGGAGCUGCACCAGAACGGCAUGGAAGAGGCGGAGGCGCUGAUGAAGCGCUUCAGAGAGGUCAGCGACAGGAAAGGCGCCCGAGCCGCCAUAAUCGCAGACGUGGUGGGACCCCUGUUCCACGCCCAAAGGCUGGACGUCGGCGGCAGCGAUGUGGACUCUGUGGACUUGAGCGAGGGGAUGAAUGUCUACGUCACCUGCUCCGAGGCGAGCACAUCAAUUCCGAAGCGAGGCGCCAAGGGGCUGGCCAUAUGGCUGGGAGGCGGAGGCGGAGUCGGCGCGGUUCGUCUGAAAGAUCGGUUGACACACCAGGGCGGACUGAUGCAAUUUGCGAUCGAGAAGGAAGUGGAAGAUUCCUGGUUCGUGGGCAGAGUUCUGGUUCCGGGAAGGAUCGCAACGGGCGACAAGAUCGGAGAUGCCAAUUGCGACCUCACGUCUCCCGUCAUCCUGGACACGCUGCGCAAUAUAUCAAGGAGUAAUAAGGUUGAAUUCUUCAGCAUGUCCUUGGGGUGCCUGGAGGAUGUGGAUGCUGUAAGGGACGCCCUGGAAGUGGACAAGGAGCCACCGGCUAAGAUUAUAGCCAGGAUCGAGAGGAAUGACCAGCUGAAAGAGGUGUUUGACAUCAUCGAUGCCACGGACGGAAUCAUCGUAUCAAGAGGCGCCCUUGGAGGCGCCAUCACUCCACAAAAGGUCGCCCUGGCCCAGAACGUUCUCAUCACAAGGACGAACGUCGCCGGAAAGGUGGUCAUCACGACCGGCCAGAUGCUGGAGUCCAUGAUCGGCAACCCGCGCCCCACUCGCGCUGAAAUGACGGACGUCGCCAAUUCGGUCUUUGACGGCACUGACUGCAUCAUGCUGGAGAGGGAGACCUCUCACGGGGAUUUCCCUGUGGAAUGCAUUGCCACGGCAGAUGCCAUUCUGCGCAACGCGGAGACCGCCACUAAUUACUGCGCCGUACAUUCCUUCAUCAGGGACAUGUCUCCAAAGCCCUUCACCACUCUGGACGCAUCGGCAUCGGGAGUUGCCAAAGCGUGCGUGGACGCCGGUGUCGGCAUCGUCAUUGUGGUGUCCAACACAGCCGUGGCGGCGGACCUUGUCGCAAAGUACAGGCCGCCUACUCCCCAGGUGGUCGUCACCAUGCAUCCCAUAGUGGCGUCCCAGGCGCAGAUCAAUUUCGGGCAGCAUGGGUGCCACGUGGAGGAAUACGGGGAGGACGUGGGCGCACUGUUGAGGAAGGCCAUGAGUUGGGCGAGGGGCAGGGGUCUGGUUGGCCAGGGGGAGAGUGUAGCGGUCAUGCACGGGUCGGCCGUGCCCAACGCGGACGAGGACCCAGUCAUUCGGGUGUGCGGAGCAGAGGCGUUGUGA